CACUGCACUGGACUGGAUCGACAUUUCUAACACGGUUGUCAAGUUACGUGAGUGACUAAUUUUUCACAGACAAAAAACAGCUAUUUUUACGUGCCGCGAAGUACCACCAAAUUAUCUAAAAUGCUCGCGAAGUUCCGAGGAAUCCUCACUCGAUAAAAAUAAUCGAGUGCCGACUUUCGCGGAAAGAGACGGUCAUUCAGAAUGUGGAAUGGUUAUGUUUGUCAAAGGAUAGUGAUAGUGGUUUAACAACAAUGGAGGACUUUUCUCCGUCAAAGGUGAAGACGAUUGCAGAAGGAGUUGAUGUCGUUAAUUCGCGAGCCGCCGCCAGGAAUGCAUGUGGAUGGAGAACAUGUGGAUGAAAAUUUGACUCAGUGGAUUGUACAUAUGGAGGGUGCAAAAGGAACUUUAUACGAAGGAGAGCGCUUUCAAUUACAAUUUAAAUUCAGUUCGAAAUAUCCGUUUGACUCGCCAGAAGUUACGUUUAUUGGAGGAAACAUUCCCGUACACCCUCACGUUUACAGCAAUGGUCACAUCUGUCUGUCAAUUCUCACAGAUGAUUGGUCGCCUGCCCUCAGUGUGCAAAGCGUCUGCUUGAGUAUUGUUUCGAUGUUGAGCAGCUGCAAAGAAAAGAAAAGGCCACCUGACAAUUCAUUCUACGUGAAGACUUGUAACAAAAAUCCAAAGAAGACAAAGUGGUGGUAUCAUGAUGACAGUGUAUAACUUAGUUGACUGGCCAAAGUGAAUGAUCAAACUGUCAAAUCCACGACAGUGCCUGACCACCCAGAGUGCUUUGACGCCCUCUCCAGGGAAUAAAAAAAAAAAUUCUUCGAAAUCAUAAAAACAAAAAAAAAAAUGUAAGAGUAUUCCUAUAUGUAGAAUGAGAGACGUAAAAUACCAUUUUAAUUAUUACUCUUAUUAUCAUUGUAAUAAAAAAAAAAGUAAUAGUAACUCUGCGAAUUAACAAACAAUUUUUAUUAUAUAUUGUUUACAAAUUGUUAACGAAGAAUGAAACGAAAAGUGUGGCGGAUUGUUUCGUUAUAAUAGUUAAGAAAUUGAAUUAGAAUCUUGAGAGUUAAUCUCAGUUUCAGAGAUGAAAAAUAAUGAUGGAGAAAGGUAUUAAUUGAAUUCGUGAAAAAGGAUUUUUGACGUUUCGAUACGUGCUUCGCGUGCAUACGUGUUGGUAAUUGUUUAUGUAAACUUAAAAGAGAAUAGUGCAAUAUGGCAAUUUAUAAAAAUGUCUUGAAGAAAAUCAUUUUAUUAACUAACACUGUUCAUUGCUGUGUUUACAUUUUCAAUUGAUAAAGUAAAAUUAGGGUAUUAUUUUACAACUUUUUGACUAUUCUGCUUUGAAUUAAUUUUUUUUUAUUUGCUUCAACGCGAGGCCUUGAAUUGAAAGAAUUCGAGGUUUUUCGAAGUAUUUCGAGACACUUCUAAGCGUUUAAUGUACUACUACAUUUAGUUAAUAAAUCCAAUUUUUUGCACAUAA